GUGAUGGUGUCGGCAACUGGCACGGCGGAACAACCAUAACCCGGUCGUAUAAUAAGCCUACGUUUUUCCGGUAUGGAUAUCGGUAAGCUCCCCGUAUUCGGUAACUUCGUUUACUUAACUUUUCCCUCUCUGAGCAACUCUGGAACCGCAUCUCAAUUCCUAAAUAAAACUCCAGCCUUCAACAACCAGGCCAAGAUAUGCUGCAAUAACAGGAGCAUGCCAGAGCUGUCACGGUCCCUUGUGCGAUCCUGGUCGUCGACACUCAAACUUCCCAAAUCGACCUUCCCCCCUCGUGUGUCGUUGACCGACCAGGUCAAGUACUCGGAGCGAUGCACUAAGGACCUCUACGCCUGGCAACAACGCCAUCGCCCCAAUGAUAACCGGUUCGUCCUCCACGAUGGCCCCCCGUAUGCCAAUGGCGACCUGCACGUCGGGCACGCUUUGAAUAAAAUCCUAAAGGACAUCAUUUGCCGGGUCCAGUUGGCAGCGGGGAAAAGGAUUGAUUUUGUACCUGGCUGGGAUUGCCACGGGCUACCGAUUGAGCUGAAGGCAUUGCAAACACAAAAAGAACUGGGGAGGCUUGAAGCGGGCGAAAAUGGGAAUGGGGUUGCUGCGGCGAUUCGUAAAGCUGCCAGGCAGCUGGCAGAAAGGACAGUCCUGGAACAGAAGAAGGGUUUUCAAAAGUGGGCAGUCAUGGCAGAUUGGGAGGGUGUUUGGAAGACGAUGGAUAAGAGUUUUGAAAAAAACCAGCUGGAUGUAUUUCUGAAAAUGGUGGAGAAGGGCUUGAUAUAUCGGAGAUUCAAGCCUGUGUACUGGUCUCCUUCAUCGCGCACGGCACUGGCUGAGGCUGAGUUGGAAUAUAAAGAUGAUCACAUAUCCACAGCUGGACUAGUGAAAUUCCCCCUUGUGUCAAUGCCGUCUCAACUACAAAAUAUGCUACCACCAAAUACCUCCGAGGUCUCCGCCGUUAUUUGGACUACUACGCCGUGGACGUUGCCUGCCAAUGCAGCCAUCGCCGUGAGCCCUACUUUGGAUUACUCUGUUGUGAAAUCGGAAAGGCAUGGAUACCUCGUUAUUGGCUCAUCUCGGCGCGAAUAUAUUCAAUCGCUGUUACAAGAUGAUGAAAUCACAGUUAUAGGCUCUCCGAUUCUAGGUUCUGAAUUAGUGUCCAAAGCCACAUAUCGCCCGCUUUUCAAGGACGGCUCCGAUCCCCAGCGCGUUAUUGCUGCAGAUUUUGUGACAGCAGACAGCGGUUCUGGCCUUGUUCACUGUGCUCCUGGACAUGGAAUGGAGGACUAUGAGGUUUGCCAGGCUCACGGCAUCACAUUCCAUACUCCGGUUGAUGAUGGAGGUUUGUUCACGGAAGCGGCAAUGCCUUCGAACCCCUCGAUGCUCAGCGGAAAGCCUGUACUUUGCGAGGGCAAUCGAGAAGUUUUGAGAUAUGUGGAGAGCAAGGGCCAACUUCUUGCCAAACACAAGUAUGAGCAUAAAUAUCCAUAUGACUGGCGGUCAAAGCUUCCUGUGAUAGUGCGCGCCACUGAGCAAUGGUUUGCUGAUGUUGGUGAUAUCCGUGAUAAUGCCAUCCGGGCUUUGGAGGAUGUGCAAUUUGUGCCUGCAACUGGAAAAUCGCGACUGGAGAGUUUCGUCAAAAAUCGUAGCGAGUGGUGUAUAUCACGGCAGCGAGCUUGGGGUGUGCCGAUUCCGGCCCUCUACCAUCGAGAAACCGGGGAGGCAAUUCUAACUCAGGAAUCGGUCACUCACAUCAUGAAGGUUAUCGACGAGCGUGGAAUUGACGCCUGGUGGACGGAUAAUGAGAACGACCCUGCUUGGAUACCUGCUGCCCUUCUGGAAACAUCAGCCGGAUCUGCCUACAAACGAGGAACGGACACUAUGGAUGUGUGGUUUGAUAGCGGCUCUAGCUGGACGCAAGUGAAAGCCACCGCUUCAGUCGAAGGCUAUGCGGCAGACGUGUAUCUUGAAGGGACAGACCAGCAUAGGGGGUGGUUUCAAUCAAGCCUCUUGACAUAUGUUGCUUACAACCUGGCCUUGGGGAAGAACGCCGGCCUUUCUCGAGCACCAUUUAAAACCCUCAUUACCCACGGAUUUACCCUUGACAAAGAUUCUCGGAAAAUGAGUAAGUCGAUCGGGAAUGUCAUUAGCCCAAGUCAAAUCAUGGACGGGACGCUUCUACCUCCAUUGAAGUUGAAAAAAAUGAAGGGGCAGACGGAGAAGCCGAAGAGCCCUGUAUAUGACGCCCUUGGAGUCGAUGCGCUUAGGUUAUGGGUCGCUAGCAGUGAUUACACCAAGGACAUAGUCAUCGGUCAGCCAGUGCUCAAAGCCGUCAACACCAAUCUUCACAAAUACCGGGUAACUUUCAAACUCCUUCUCGGAUCUCUGCAAGACUUCGACCCAAGCCGCGCGGUUCCGCACGAGUCGUUACGCAUCAUUGACAGGAUCGCGCUUCUCCAGCUUCGGAACCUCGUCACAACGUGUCAGGAUGCGUACUCAAGCUUCGAGUUCUACAAGGUAGUCACUGCUAUCACUAAAUGGGCCAAUUUGGAAUUUUCCGCUUUCUACAUCGAAUCCCUCAAGGAUCGCCUGUACGCCGAUUCCCCGGAUAGUCUGAGCAGGAGAGCCGCCCAGACAACACUCUGCCACAUAUACUACCAUUUCCAAAACUUGCUGGCGCCUUUGGUGCCCCUCCUCGUCGAAGAAUCAUGGGAGCACACGCCGGAAACCAUAAAAACCAAAUUCGCACCACCUUUACAGCGCGUCAUGACCAAACCCUCGCCAGAGUGGCAAAAUGACAAAUUGGAAGAAAGUUUCCCGUUACUGAUGGCUAUCAACACAGCAGUUAAAACCAUGCAAGAAAACGCACGCAAUAAAAAGGAAAUGGGCUCCUCACUACAGUCAUUCAUCCACAUUUCCGUCCCCUGUAGUGCUACCCAGGCGCCAAUUUUUGAACAAUUCGGCGAUGAAUUACAAGACCUCUUCGUCGUUUCCUCUGUCACAGUCGGGUACAAUGAUGCAGCACCCCCACCUGAAAUUGAAUAUGCUGAGUGGAAAUACAACUCAAACUUCGAGUUCCCUGGGAGCAGUCAGCGUGGGCGUGUUUGGAUAUAUACCCCUCAAGCGAUUAAAUGUGGGCGAUGCUGGCGAUACCAAGUGCCCUUGGAGCCUAAGCAGGAUGAUCCGCUGUGCCAGCGGUGCGUCGAUGCUAUGGAGGAACUGCUGGGGGAGCCCCAUGAGACUACUGGUGUAGCUUCGGCUAGUAGUAAUUGAUGCGGUGCGUAUUAGUGUUGUUGGAAUACUUUGCCGUUUUGGUUGGUAAUAUGUAUGUAUAUAGACCCACUUGUAAAAUAGACCUCGUUAAACUAAAUCUUUUGGUGUUCGCUACUCUUAAAAGACGUUUCUGUAAUGAUUUGUUUCGCCAGGGGAAGGCGAAGGGCCUCUUCAGCCCAUCGAUAAUAAAAACCGUAACUUGCAUCAGCUCAAUCAAGUUGAAGCUCCUCCAGAGGGAUCAGCAAUCAAGUGGCAUAUAUCUUUCUAUCAUUUAGACAAGCACGACGAAUAUCAACUGAAAACCCAAAACAAAAACGGAGAGGGUUGAGCAAAAGCACCCAUCAAAUCAAUCAUACCACCCAUCCUGCAGUCCAUCCAAAAACGCACUCUCAACAUUGAUGAAGCUCUUCCAAUAAUCCACCUCGAGUCUCCAAGGCUGGGUCUGGAUGGCAAACGUUACUGCCGAGGUCAGCAGGAGAAGCUCCUCCUCAUCUUCCGCAAGUAUAAGGACCAUAUCUCGUUUGAUCACAACCUUGUCGCGCAAAACUUUCUUGUAGGGCUCAAGCCGCUGCUGGAGGUUGUGAUGCAUGCUCCAGUCAGAGAACGGCAUGUCCUUCGGAAUGAAGCGCCACGACCAUGCUCGUCCUAUCUCAUCGAUGAACGAGGUCCAGAGACGGUUAUCAUAGCCAAUCAUCAGUGGGUAGAAGUGCGAGCCAGACCACACUCUGAGAAAGGAGAAGCGCGCGUUUGGUUGGCGAGCGGCGUGGGAUUUAAUCUUGUUACGUAGGAAAGGGAUUGAGAUUUUGGCCGGAUCUUCGCGCCCAGGAGGCAUGUGGAUUUCAUGCAACAUAUUGCGGAAGUCGAUGAAGAGGUCGAGAGGCCGGUCCAUUUCACGAGCAGCGAAUGCUUGCCCUGGGAUCUGGUCUACCGGUUCAUAGCAUAGGCAGAUGACGCCCUCCUUGAACACUAUAUUCUAUUAGCCUUGAAAAACUAAAUGACUUCGGUUUCGCACUCUUGGCCGGUUAACUCACAGUGGGCAAUAUUGGGCCGGAGCGCUACGUCCCACUACGGGGGGGUCUCAUCUAAGAGGUGCGUCUGAUUUUUCUGGCAUUUCCCCGCAAGUUCAUCAAACUCCUCAAAGAACUUAUUGCCUCUGGAGGUGGGACAGCGAUAACCUCUCCUAUCUGGAAGUGUUUGGCCGCGUUCCGCCUGCCUGAAAAGCAUCGACUUUCUAAGCUCGUCCCCUUCCGGACCGUUGUCAAAGAAAACAUUUCCGGCUUGGAAAAAUAAUGAACUCAUUAAGGAUGCAUAUCGCGCAUCUGCUUGUACCCUCGAAUGAGUGCCUGGGUGGUAGUCCAGAAAUACCAGCGGUUUCCACCAGUUUGCUACUGUUGCUGUCAUGUAGGAGAUAUUUGUAUCACAUUUGGAAC